AUGGCAUGGUACUGCUCUGCGUCUACCAACACCGAGUUGGUUGAGAACUUGUCUCGGGUCGAUCUGAUCAAGAGUGAACGCGUCAAGGAAGCCAUGUUAGGUGUCGACCGGGCUCACUAUGCUCCAUCGCGGCCGUAUUCGGACUCACCCCAGUCCAUCGGACAUGGGGCAACGAUAUCAGCACCGCACAUGCACGCUCACGCAUGUGAAUAUCUCAUUGAAUACCUCAAACCUGGAGCCCAUGUCCUAGAUAUUGGAUCUGGAUCGGGGUAUCUCACUCACGUCUUGGCCAAUCUAGUGACCAGUUUACCUGGAUCAUCGGAAGAGCAGGGUCAAGUCAUUGGGAUCGAUCAUAUCUCCAACCUAGUGGAUCUGGCCCGAUCGAACAUGAACAAAUCCGCACAGGGUCGGGAAUUGCUGAACUCAGGACAAGUAAAAUUUAUCACAGCAGAUGGACGCCUGGGGUGGAAAGAAGGUGCCCCGUAUGACGCCAUCCAUGUUGGUGCAGCCGCGGAGACACUGCAUCCAGUCCUGAUUGAACAGCUGCGAGCCCCCGGCAGACUAUUCAUCCCAGUAGAGUCGGAGAGUGGAAGCGGUUUUAGCGGUGGACAAUACAUCUGGAUUGUCGAUAAGCGAGCGGAUGGAUCGGUCCGCAAGGAGAAAGUCUUCCAAGUCAGCUAUGUGCCUCUCACCAACGCACCUCGAUCAUGA